CUGAGGAGGAAUAUUAACAAAUUAAUCAUGAAUGUACUUAAAUGUUUUAUAGUGAUAUUACAAAUAUAUCCGAAUAUUUUCAGACGGAACUCAUUAAUUUCAUAAUAUGUCAGGAGAAAAUGAACCACCAACCUAUAUCUUGAUUUUGGAAAAUGAGAAUACAGAUUUAUCAUUUAGCUCUGUCUAUCCAGCUAUGCUGUGGUUGUUGAUUAUUUGGUUGGUGCCAAUUUUAUCGCGGAGAGGUAUGACGAAUCUAUUCCUGCAAUCCCAAAACGCACCACGAACAACAGCAGGAACGAUACCACAAACGAUGAUGUCCUCAACGGUACCUAGUUUGGCUGAAGGUGUAACAUCAAUAGAUACACAGAUGGUAAGCGUUACAGAUUCUAGGACUCCAGAAAUCGUUCCUCUUCCAGUUGAUACGGCCAAAACACCGGAAAAAAUACCAUCACCAAAUUAAAGUGUGAUCAUUAAUAAAACUCUAGAGACAGGA